GCGGAGCCGUUUGUUGCUGUUUGUUGUUAUCCCCCCCCCACCGAAGGGGCGGGAGAAACUUACCCUUCUUAUCCGUUGCUGGUGGCUGUUCAACCCCCCGGAAAUAUGCCGCUCUUCACCAGCAACCCCUUCGACCAGGAUGUGGAAAAAGCAACCAGUGAAAUGAAUACUGCUGAAGACUGGGGGCUCAUCUUAGAUAUUUGUGAUAAAGUUGGACAGUCACGAACUGGACCUAAAGAUUGUCUUCGGUCUAUUAUGAAGAGAGUGAACCACAAGGAUCCUCAUGUUGCUAUGCAAGCACUCACUGGUCAUCCAAAAGUUUGUGAAAAAUUAAAAGCACUCAUGGUGGAAUGGACAGAUGAAUUCAAGAACGAUCCCCAACUUAGUCUGAUAUCUGCUAUGAUAAAGAAUCUUAAGGAGCAAGGUGUUAUGUUUCCAGUUAUUGGUUCACAGGCUGCAGAACAAGCAAAAGCAAGCCCAGCUCUAGUAGCUAAAGAUCCUGGAAUAGUAGCAAACAAAAAGGAAGAGGAGGACCUAGCUAAAGCCAUUGAAUUGUCACUUAAGGAACAAAGACAACAACAAACACCGCUUUCCAGUCUUUAUCCAAGCACCUCAAGCCUCUUAACAAAUCACAAGUAUGAGGGCCGAAAGGUUCGGGCUAUUUAUGACUUUGAAGCUGCUGAAGAUAAUGAAUUAACAUUUAAAGCUGGAGAACUUAUCACUGUGCUUGAUGACAGUGAUCCAAACUGGUGGAAAGGUGAAACUCAUCAAGGGACAGGAUUAUUUCCUUCUAAUUUUGUAACUGCUGAUCUUACUGCUGAACCAGAAAUGAUGAAAGCCGAGAAGAAAACAGUGCAAUUUAGUGAUGAAGUUCAAGUUGAAACAAUUGAACCAGAGCCUGAACCAGUUUAUAUCGAUGAAGAUAAAAUGGACCAACUGUUACAAAUGUUGCAAAGUGCAGAUCCAACUGAUGAUCAGCCAGACCUCCCGGAGCUGAUCCAUCUUGAAGCAAUGUGCCAUCAAAUGGAACCUCUCAUUGAUGAAAAGCUAGAAGACAUUGACAGGAAACAUUCAGAGCUCUCAGAGCUCAAUGUUAAAGUGAUGGAGGCACUCUCUUUAUAUACCAAGUUGAUGAAUGAGGAUCCAGUGUAUUCGAUGUAUUCAAAACUACAAAACCAACAGUAUUAUAUGGCUCAAUCUGGUGUUUCUGGCUCUCAGGUUUAUCCAGGGCACCCUCAAAGCAAUGCAUACUUGGUAGCAGGAAAUGCACAGAUGAGUCAUGUUCAAGCUUACAGUUUUCCAUCGGAGCAACUUCCGCCUCUGAAUCAAAGCACAGUUCCUCCAGCAGCAAGCUCUGGAUUACCUACCCAGCCUGUUCAGACACCUUACACAAAGUAAUAAUGGAUGUUGUUU